AUGAUUUAAUGAUGUUAAUUGCACAAACCGUUAUGGCAUGAGAAAGUGAUUACAAACAAAUACACUUCCCAAUCAAAAUAACAGACGAAGGGCAAAAGGGGCGACGCACCUCCAUUUCCAUGCAAUAUUGAUACAGCUUUAGUCAACUGCAUUUGUUCAGUGCUUUUCUAUUGCACGGUUAGGUAUAUGUUCUUAUAAUAUAUUACAUGUUCAAUCGUUACAUUUGUCAUUGUCAUAUAUCAUUAUAUCACUCGUUAGAUAUAAAAAUAAAAAAAUAAAAUAAACAGACUCUAUUGUCUUAUUUUGCAGUUGAAAAAACCCAAACAAAUCGGUUACGUUUCCUUCAAUCGUGUGAGUCAAAUAUACUAUAAUGUAGUGUCUGAGAUAUGCCAUUUACAGUUGAAUGUACCUAGGCCGUUACGUCACUGUAAGUAGGUAAGAGCGUAUUAUCAAGUACAAUACCUCAGUAGCGGGUCAGCCAAGUCAUUUGAGACUUCCAUUCACUCUGACAAGACGACCAACCGCAUUAGUGGCUUCAAACUUAAUCUUGAACGACAGUAUUUUAAUGAUGGGUCUCGGAAGUAGUCUUAUUGUCAUAAUAGUAUUAUUCAGUGUUAGAGGAUAUGAGUUUUGCGAUAUCGGCUCAUAUUUUGACCCAGUAAUUCAUAGGUGUGAUUUGUGUAGUAAUAUAUGUGAUAACAUGGAUUCAACGAAUACCUAUGAGGACUGCCAACGUAACUGCCCAGAUUACGGUAAAGCGAAAGGGUGUUCGGACGAUCAAUACUACGACCAGAACGUCGGGAGAUGUGACUCGUGUGCGGAGCUCUGUCACGGAGAAAACAUUCAAGACACAACGGAAGAAUGCAAAGCCAAGUGCCCCAGCUUUCACCGUGGUGGACCUGGUUCUGGUUCAGGAAGGUCGACGGGGCCAAUUAUUGCAACAGCAGUGACAUGUUCCAUCACCGUUAUGGCAAUUGUCAUAGUUCUUCUACUUUGCCGGACCCAGCGUCUCCCAUCAGUCUUACAGAGGUGUCGCCUGUAUCCAGGAAAAGGCUAUACUCAACCACAACAGUGCAGCGAUGGAAGCGAUACUUCAGGAUCUAACUUUUCUUCCGUCAGUGACGUUCAUCCACAAGUAACUGAUGCCACUGCAGUUGUCAUGACAGAACAAGAGGGGUUUCCUGAUUUACAUACACAAGCUCGUCAUAGUUUAAUGGAUGUUCUUAUACACUAACCCACACCAGUGAACCAUGUCACGCUGACCAGUCUCUGACAUGCCAAGGUGACGGUCCGCACAUCAGCCCCUGAAACCAGUUGACCUCUAACCAGGUUGAAAUUGGUCAAAUGCGACAUGGAAGGGCUGCACUGAGAGGCAUUGUUCUGAUCUCUCGUCCAGAUGAUCAGAUUUGAAGAAAAAUGCCAGUUCAGACAGGAGGGGCUGUAAUAAAGGCGAACCAGACAUACACAUUAGCUUCAGAAAAGAAGUUUUUGACGUGGUAUGUCCCAAAUGUCCAAAAUAUAUGAUACUUUACUAAUAUUAUAAAUAUUUGGAACAGGACAUCACAUGGGAGAUAGGUGUUAUCUCUCAUUUGGUCCACCGAGAAACCAAGUCAUCUGAAAAAUCUGACGAAUCUAAGAAUCUGCUAUAUGCUGCAUUGAAAGAACCUUGUGUAUCGAAAUAUUUUGAGAAAAUUAGAUCCAAUUUACAACUCUAUGUACGUCCAUUGUCCAUGACUGAUUUGUCAUUUGAGUGGUGACUCAAUCCUUGAGGAUUUCAACGCUCAAUUUAUAACUAUACCUUAGCUUUGCUGUAUUCAACAUUGUUUGUGUUUGAUGUUGGCUGACUACAUAUAUAAUUAAAAUUGUUUUAGCAGCAGACGCAGAGUUAACCUGAGUUAUUCCUUCUGUACAUGUGUACAUAUACACGCCCAGUUGUUACAUGUUCAUGCCAAUAAUGGUUGUCACCCCCAGCCUAAUAAUUAAAUUGAAGGGGGUGACAACCAUUAUUGGCAUGAGUAUAUUAUAAUGUUUUAGAAUUAUACCAAAUAUUAAGACUGUAUAAACUUGUAAAUAUGCUUUGUGGGCAAAAUAAAAUAUUUGUUCCUUAA